GGGGUGCGAGCCGGGAAGUUUGGGCGACCGCUGCCGCUGCUGCGAUCCGAGCCAGGCUCGAGCCCUGAGGACGAGGGAACGGGAGGACCGGCUCACGGACGCCCCGGGCCCGCAGUUGUCGUCUCGCGUCCUCCUGCCUGGAAAAGUGUUUAAGCUUCUAAAAUGUCAUCAAUCAAGCACCUCGUUUAUGCAGUUAUUCGUUUCUUACGGGAACAAAGUCAGAUGGAUGCUUAUACUUCGGAUGAACAAGAAAGUUUAGAAGUUGCAAUUCAGUGCUUGGAGACAGUUUUUAAGAUCAGCCCAGAAGAUACACACCUAGCAGUUUCACAGCCUUUGACCGAAAUGUUCACGAAUUCCUUCUGUAAGAAUGACAUUCUGCCCCUCUCAAACACAGUGCCUGAAGAUGUGGGAAAAGCUGACCAAUUAAAAGAUGAAGGUAAUAACCACAUGAAAGAAGAAAAUUAUGCUGCUGCAGUGGAUUGUUACACACAAGCAAUAGAAUUGGAUCCCAGUAAUGCAGUUUAUUAUUGCAACAGGCUGGCCCUGACUGCCAUGAAUAAAUUUGAAGAAGCAGUAACAAGUUAUCAAAAGGCACUAGACCUUGAUCCUGAAAAUGAUUCCUAUAAGUCAAAUCUGAAAAUAGCAGAACAGAAGUUAAGAGAGGUAUCCAGUCCUAUAGGAACUGGAUUGAGCUUUGACAUGGCUAGCUUGAUAAAUAAUCCAGCCUUCAUUAGUAUGGCAGCAAGUUUAAUGCAGAACCCUCAAGUUCAACAGUUAAUGUCAGGAAUGAUGACCAAUGCCAUUGGGGGACCUGCUGCUGGAGUUGGGGGCCUAACUGACCUGUCCAGCCUCAUCCAAGCGGGACAGCAGUUUGCUCAGCAGAUACAACAACAAAAUCCUGAACUUAUAGAGCAACUACGAAAUCACAUCCGGAGCAGAUCUUUCAGCAGCAGCACUGAAGAACAUUCCUGAUUUGCAAAUGGUUUACAGCUCUGAAGUAUUCACUGUAGAUAGUGGCCAAACAAAACAAAACAAAACAAAACACCACACCUGAUAUUUGAAAAUAAUGGAGAAAAGCCUCUUGUGUAUAUUCUUAAAGAAUAAAUCUGUUUAGAUAAUAGGUUUAUCACAAACAGACUUGAACAUAACAUGACUCCUUUGGAAAUGAAUAAUCAGUUGCCUUGUUAGGUGCCAAUACAGUACUUGGACAAGGUGCCAUUUCCAAACUUUUAUCGUCAUAACUGUAUAUUAGACUUAAUAGCAGAGUAUAUUUAUUGAACAGUGGAGCUGUUUAUUGGUGAGUCCUUUAGCUCCAAAUUCCCUUAAGCAAAUUUUUUUGAGAGGAGAGAUAACCAAGAAGAAAGGUUUCCCAUGCUGGUUUAGAAGAAAUAUACUUGCCACCGAGCAGCAUGUCAUGAGAGAAGAAAUUUGUUAUCUAGGUUUAGCUUUGAAAACUGCUAUCAGUAAUGAAUAUUAUAACAUAGGUACCGAUACUGUCUUUAAUGCUGCUUGUCUGAUGAGUGACAGGGAUUCUGAAGAGCUGGUGGAAAGCAGCAUUUGGAGCAAGGGAUGUUUUGAAAAGAAAAAAAUGGAUAAUGUGUGAAUGUAUAGAAAGCGAAGGUAGGAUGCUCAGGUUUUCUGCAUAGUUCUUAACUAAUCUUGUCUGUGGUUUGGUAUUGAUAACAUUAGCAUGGCCAAUUAUGCUAAGUACAUAAUAAAAUACUUUAAAAAAUCCUUAA